AACCCUAACACAAUUUGCCAAAAUCACUGCACUGAGCAUAUAUAAGCCCCGGCUAAUGCUAUCAUCUCUUCAGCUUUUCUGCUUUCAAUGUGAAUCAGCUAUGGCUAAUUAUAACUCUCAAGACUCGGUUACUAAAAAAAUGGGAUUACUACAUACUGAAGAACUGUACAAGUAUCUCUUAGAGACUAGUGUGUAUCCCCGCGAACCAGAACUUCUCAAGGAGCUAAGAGAACUUACUGCAAGCCAUCCACUGAGCAUGAUGUCCACUGCACCAGAUGCAGGUCAGUUCUUGGCAAUGCUGUUGAAGUUGAUUAGCCCUAAAAGCACAAUUGAAGUUGGAGUUUAUACUGGAUACUCUCUUCUCCUCACCGCCCUUUCGAUCCCUGAAAAUGGCAAGAUUAUGGCGAUAGAUGUGAGUCGCGAGUAUUAUGAGAUGGGGUUACCGGUUAUUAAAAGGGCUGGUGUUGAACACAAAAUCGAUUUCAUCGAAUCCGAGGCUGUGCCUGUUCUUGAUCAGCUAUUAGAACAUCCGGGAAAUGAAGGCGGUUUCGAUUUUGCAUUUGUUGAUGCUGACAAGGAAAACUAUUGGAACUACCAUGAGAGACUGAUGAAACUAGUGAAGGUAGGAGGGAUAGUUGUGUAUGACAAUACACUGUGGGGAGGAACAGUAAUAAUGGAGGAAGAGUCGAGUUUAGAGAUAUUGAGACCAGGCAGAGCAGCUACGAUUGAAUUAAACAAAGCACUUGCAGCCGAUCCUCGAAUCGAGAUUUCACAAGUUCCUCUGGGCGAUGGAAUCACCAUUUGCAGGCGCAUACACUGAGUUUUUUUUAUAUUCUUUAGCAGUUUAGAUUUCCUUGGAUUAAUGAAGAAAGAAUGUAAACUCUGCAUUCUGCAACAUAAUUUGAUUUUAAUCUAUUUGUUAUGAG